UCUUGACGUUGCUAUGUGGCACAGCUGCUUAUAAAGAGAACAAAAAAGAGACACCAACAUCAAAAAUUCACAACCCAAUCCGUAAACUCAGGGAAUUUAAUAACCCAUCCGCUAAUUCAACGCACAGAAAAUACACUUCACUACAACAGGGCUCAAAAUGGCCCUCCGCAAACUCCGGACAACACAAAUUACCAACCAAAAGGAUUCCAACCAUCUGAUAUUCCAAUUUAUGUCAAGAUGUUUGCUAAAAGUUUGUUAUCCAUCUAUUAUAAAAAAGCCAUGCCUAGCCUAUCAAGUUCAGGAGGUUUGGUUACCCAUCGCGAUAUCAACCAACUCCGCAUACUAUACACUCAAACCAUUUUCGUCUUUUGGCUCACCAUAUUAGAGCAAACUUGAUCUUGUCGACUACAAACACUAUGGAAAACACCCCCUUAUUCUUUUGGAUGGUUCCAAUCGGUUACCUUGCCGUUCUUCUAUUGUCGUUCUUGAAGAAUCAGCGUUCCAAGAUCGUGGAUUUGGAUAACGAUGAUAUGUCGAAACAUGCAACGGACCCACAAACCCAGAUUCGCGAUAUUGAGUCUCUAGUGGACUACCACGAGACUGCUGCAGUCUUGGCGGAACUUAUCCAUACGGAUGGCGCUGGUGCAUGGCCACCUCGAGCAAACCACACGUAUUCUACCUGGCCGGAGUCGAUUCGGGGUUACACAGCGAUAUACGAGGAAAUGGCACCCCUUAUUCCACAGGAGACACCAUCCCUCGACGACGAAGUGAACAAAGAGCGAAUUGAAAGCUUUCGUUCUCGAUUCCGUAAACUGCUUCAAGGCAAGGUCGAUCUCGUUCAAGUUAGAAGUUUGCUUGAAGCGGCUGAAGCGGGUCGGUGGGACGUGUUCCCCCGCGAUAUGUACAACGCUUUUUACUGCUGCAUUUCCUGGAGCCGACACGCAUACCGAUGGGCUACCAUCCCUGUGGUCAAAGUCGCUCAGCGUGAAACUAUUGUUGAUUUGCCGGUCGAGUUGGUGGAGCCCUGGGAAUACCUUCAACGUCAUUUCGGUUGCACAUCGCAAGCUGGUAGUAGUACAAGCAAUGCGAUGCUGAAUUUCGACACCAACGGAAAGCAUAUGUUCAGAUUCAACAUCAGAAUGCCUGAAAAGAUAACUAUGGCUGAGGAAUAUUUUAGCCGCAUUUUCUAUGAUAUUGAGAUAACGGGCCUGCCAAUUUACCAUGAUAUGGUCCUAGCCAACAUCGAGUUCGCCCGAGGAGACAAGGCAGCUUGCUUGAGAUACAUGAAACGCAUCACCAAUCAAUUGCGACCGGCUCUUGCCACAUACUACGACAAUCUGCACAAUGGAAAAGUUGCGAUUUCUGUGUGGUUGUCUCACGUACAAGGAUUUUUCGCGUGGAGCGCCGGCUAUGUCGACGAGAAAACUGGGGAAUACAUCAAAUUCGAUGGUCUUAGCGGAAAUGCGGCAUUGCUUUUCCAUGCUGUCGAUGGUUUUCUGGGAUACGACCCGUACUUAUCGUACCUUGAUCAAGAGCGUGAUGUGCCUGUGCGACAGAGAGCCGUAGCACACGCGUUUAAAAAGUACUGCUUCCGACAUAAGUUGAGCGACGCGCCCCAAGAUGAGGGCGAUGCCGCAAUCGCAAAAGAGUUUAAUGAGAUGGUAAAGCGAAUGAGGGUAUUCCGAAGCGCGCAUAGGAUGCGGUCAAAGCAAUACCUAUUUGCGCCCGCCCCUGAAAGAGUGCCCAUGACUGCGGGAAAAUCAGUCUUGAAGGCGGACACCAUGGAUCAAAGCUUCCCAUUCCUGGAUGUUUUCAUGGUUCAGCGAUUAAACCAAACAGUGUAAAGGUGGCACUUAGUCAGAUAUGGAUGUUCAGACAAUGGUUGAAAAGGAUUGCUAGAGUAUAAUGGUAUAAUUUUAGUUAGAAAAGUGUUGUUGGAGUUGUAGAAGGUGUGGUCUCAGAUGGCAGUAGAUAUUUACUAACCCAUUCCCCUAUUUCUGUUUCUAUAGACAAGUACUUAGGUAUACAAGCAACUUUUGUAUGUAUAAUGAAAAUUCGUUUUUAUAAUA